UCUCCCUUCGGAGUUUCAGCGCCCACAGCUGCGCGCACGAUUCGAGGGCAGCUGCCCCCUUGGUUGGCGAAGGGCCUCGUGCUUUGGACACUUUGACUUUCGCGCCAGCAGGACUCGGCGGCGUCGCUUUGCCUCUCGCCCCCCGCCCCCAGCAACGGCUGUGAGGUGGGCGGCGGCGCAACAAUGGGGCGCAGAGGGUGUCCGGAGGCAGAAGGAUGGCUGCCACCUCCACGGCUGCAGCAACCGGCGGCCCCGGGAAGCGAAAGCGCUCUUUCCCCGCCCGUGCGCCCGCGCUCUGCCUGGCGCUGGCUUUGGCUCUGAGCCACGGGACCUGGUUGGUAUUUUGUUCUGCAACCGCCGAUAUUGCAGCUGUUAUAGUGUCCACACCAGCAGAACUGAUUGUGGAGAUUGGGAAAGUAGCGAAGCUUCCAUGCAAGUUCACAUCAUCAGAGAAGAUUACUACUGCAGCCUCUGCUACCUGGAGCUAUCGAAAACGGGGAACAGAUGACCGUCCCAUAACUUUUUUCUAUUACUCAAAUGAGAAAGCAUAUGAUGGGAAGAAUACACAAUUCACUGGCCGCAGCACAUGGGCUGGAGAUUUUUUAAAGCAAGAUGCAUCCAUCAAGAUAGAAAACAUGCAACCUACAGACAAUGGCACUUAUUUCUGUGAUGUUAAGAACCCUCCAGAUGUAGUCACUGAAGAAAGGCCAAUUGAAGUUAAAGUUGUGGAGAAAGAGAAUAUUCCUGCAAGCUCCGGAAAUAUUUCAUCCUUCUGGCUACUUGUACUUCAGUUCUGCUGCAUUCUAGCCUCUUUGCCAAACUACUUGUUCUGAAAAUAAAACACACCUCUCAUGGCAAUUGAGAA